AUGCCUGCCAAUACGUGCUUCACCGUUCGCAGAGUGGCCCUUGCCGAUCUGUCCGUUGAAGAGCCAUAUAGGCGUCCUCAGAACAGGGCGGAUCAGGGAUGGUGGGUCGCUGCUCUUUCGAAGAUGCUAUUCACUCUGAUAGGAGUCGGCGGAGUGGUAAUGUAUCAAUUCCGCAAGCGCAACAAAUACGGCGCAGGGCGGACCGACAGCUUGGAAGAAAUCGAUGAAUGUGCUGUUGAUUGGCCUACUCGUUGUAUAGUCCGUUAUAUAGUCGUGAAAAGCUAUACACAGCGCGGCCUUUGGUCCAAGACUGUUAUCACGUUCCUAGCCUCCAUCCACCAUCAAUUGCGGAUCGCCGUGGCGCUUACAGUUUUCUUACGCCCUUCUGGGUCUUUCUACGCCCAUAACCGUUUCACAGAAGGGACGGAAGGUUUCCCACCGAUCGUUAGUGCUGGCAUCUUUCCAAUGACCCGUGGUGGUCGUGCUCCAUCCAAGACACGCAGACGGCAGUCGCACGUGAGCUUCGGUACAGCAAAGAGAACUCGAGUCAUACACUACUCUCCUAGUCUGGUCCCAUCCGAGGUCCCGGCCUCACCGCCGUUACAACACAUGUCGGCCGAGCAGCAAAGGGCGUAUAAGGCAGGAGAAGUUGUUGUCAAGGAGGAACCCGAAGACGACGUGAAGAUCUCUCCUCUCGGGUCGAGAAGGCGGAGCCGUCGUAGAUCGAUUCCUGGAAGGUCGAGUCCUCACAGGACUCACGUGCAGGCGCUUCAUCCAGCGCAAGAGGGAGGACAUACCAGAAGCGGAAGGAGAGUGCAACGGCCGAAGUUCUUUUCCCCUGAUGGGGAGAUGGUUCCGAGUGAUACUAACAAAUAUGUUAUAGUUCUCUCCGACUCGGAAAGUGACUAG